CAGUUCGAAAUAUAACUUUUAAAGGUGUUUGAUGGUUUGAAAUAUAACUUUUGUGUUUUUGACAGUUAGUUGGGUAAUCCUCCUACCUUGCCCAGAAUUCCACGACUUCGCCGCAAGAAGACGAAAGAUAUGCAGUUAUGAAGACUUCUGAAGCAUUUGACAUUAAUAUCUUAAGAAUUGUUAUGAAAUGACCGAAACGCUUUUAUUGGAUGUAAAAAAAAUUACAGGCCUAUGAUGAUCAUAUUCACCAUGACUGGAGCUUCAGGCUUACGUGUGCUUGAUUGCAGGACCAGUUUAUGGCUUUCACACAGAACAAUUCCGAUACCACCAUCUGUAUCAGCACAACGUCAGUCAUGUACUACUCAAAAAAGAUACUAUAACAUUUACUCCCCACAUAGUAAACCUGAAAAUACAUUAACUGGACAGUAUACAUUAAAUCGAUCAUGCAAAAACUUAGAUAUUGUCCGUAACAUGUCCACCAGGAGGGAUCCUCCAGAUAAUACAGAAGAGCCGAUGGCACCUCAGAGUACAAGAGAAAACGGUGGUGGUGGUAAAAGGCGAAAUGGUAAUGGAUUAAACAACAUGAUAAAUUUAAUGAGGGAGGGUAGUUCAGGAUUACAGGCAUUCGGUAAACACUUUUCUGAGAAAUCUUCGUCACUCAUCACAAGGAUAACUCCUGAGGUUCAUGCAUCACCAACAACAGGUCAAGAUACUAAAAAAAAGGAAAAACCUGAAGAUUGGAAUGAUAUACUAAACAGAUGGUAUGUGAAAUACCAGGAUUUUAUAGGUAUCACAGACUUGAAAAGAGCUCAAGAUAGAGUAACAGAGCUAUCAGAGGGACUGCUUGGCACCCAAAGCAGGAGAAGAAAUCUUCAGGCAGAACUGGAGGAACUUCAAGAGCAACUUAAUGUUAACCAUCAGCGCAUCACCAAGGCAGAGUUAUAUUCUGAAGAGCAUUAUCGACUGUUUGAUCAGGCCCGUGACAUGAAUGCCAGGUUGAAGGAGGUCAGAACAGAAUUUGAAAACUGUGAAAGGGUAGAACGGGACACUUUUACUCAACUCUCAGCAGCUAUACGAGACUGCCAUGAAAGAGAACGCACACAAGCAGAACAGAGUAAAUACUGGUCCAUUAUAGCAUCAAUUGUAUCUGCAGCCUUAGCUUCAGUUAUCACAUCAGUUAAUAAUUGGGUGAGAAUUCGAGAGAUCAAAGACCAUGUUUCUGCUAAUAACCAGUCACUGUUGGAAGGUUACCAGAAGAUGCACGAAGAUAUUGUUUUAGCCGUGAAUGCGGGCAUGACUAAUACGGUGGCUGCUGUAGCUGAGAAUAACAUGUCCCCAGGCAAAAUUGAAGCAGCAGGAAGAGUAGAGGAAAAACACAUCUUAAAGAACCCUGUAGAACCCACUGUCUUUUCUCCAAGUUCUCAAGUGAAAUUAUGUGAGGAAGAUGUAAUAUUAUUAGGGAGGACAUUUGGGGAAUCUGUCAAAGAGGUAAUGCCUGGUCUGUUGGCAAAUGAAAGAAAGGCCAUCGAAGAAAAAAUUCUGCCACAAUUUGAUGCAAUAUUUGGUCAGCUUAACCAUUUACUACAGCUUAUGUCAUCUGCAAAAAGUGCGGAUGUAAAAGGAUCCCUGGCAGAGGAGAUGGCUAAAUUUGAAGUUCCUACACCUUUACCAGAUGAUGAAACUAGUGCUAAAGAAGCACUUAAAACUGUUGUGGUUGAAUACAGCUACAAACACAUUGCAUCUGCCAUGGCUGUAGGGGCAGGUAUUGGAACCUUAGCUACAGCUUUCCUAUUAGGCUCCUUUAGUGGAGGGUCUGUUUAGUGUUUUUUUUAACUAUGAACAGAAUGUUGGUGUUGGUAAGUUGAUGCAAAUGUCUAUUACAAAAUGUAAUUCAUUGUCAGUGGUUACGAACUCUCAAGAUUCAAUUUCUGAGACCUAUGUUUGAUUCUCUUUGUAUCUUUCAUACUUC